UCUCUCUCUCUCUCUCUCUCUCUCUCUCUCCUUCUUCUUCUUCUUCUUUGUUUCUGACCAACUAUGCCUGCUCCAGUGAUGCCUGAAAUAACCCUUCAAGGAAUCCAUGUUCUAGGGAGGGAUAACAAUCCUUCCUUCCCUAAGAAGUUGGAAGGUAAAGUUGCAAUUAUCACUGGUGGUGCUGGAGGAAUUGGAGAGGCAACUGUAAGGCUUUUUGCUAGACAAGGAGCCAAAGUUAUAAUUGCUGAUGUUGAAGAUUCAUUAGGAACUGUUCUUGCAAACUCUUUAUCUCCUUCAUCAGUAACUUUUGUACAUUGUGAUGUUAGCAUUGAAGAAGAUAUAGAGAACUUGAUCAGUUCCACAAUUUCGCGAUACGGCCGCCUCGAUAUCCUCUUCAAUAAUGCUGGUGUUCUUGGUAAUCAAUCAAAACACAAAAGUAUUCUUAAUUUUGAUGCUGAAGAAUUUGAUCAAGUGAUGAAAGUGAAUGUUAAAGGAGUUGCAUUGGGCAUGAAACAUGCUGCAAGAGUGAUGGUGCCUAGAGGAACUGGUUGUAUUAUCUCUACUGCAAGUGUUGCUGGGGUCAUGGGAGGGCUUGGUCCUCAUGCUUAUACAGCAUCAAAGCAUGCUAUUGUUGGGUUAACCAAGAACACUUCUUGUGAACUUGGAAGGUAUGGUAUAAGGGUUAAUUGCAUUUCCCCUUUUGGGGUAGCCACAUCAAUGCUUGUUAAUGCAUGGAGGAAUAAAGGAGUGGAAAAAGAAGAUGAGGAGAAGGAGGAUUUCAUGGACAUAAAAAGGGUUGUUCCUUGUGAAGAAGAAGUGGAGAAGAUGGAGGAGUUUGUGAGAAGCUUAGCUAAUCUUAAGGGACAAACUUUAAGGCCUAAAGAUAUAGCUGAAGCAGCUCUUUUUCUUGCAAGUGAUGAAUCUAAAUAUAUAAGUGGACAUAACCUUGUUGUGGAUGGAGGAGUUACUACCUCAAGAAACUGUGUAGGUUUAUAAAGAUGUUCCAUCAUCGUUCUUUGAAAAAGAAAUAAAAUUAGGUGAAGAAGAAGAAGAACUCAAAGAAGGAG